UAAAUGUGUAGUUAUUCAAGAGAAUAAAGAGCAGCUCAGUUUGCUAGCCACUACUUUUUUCUUAUAGAUUCCUUUCCGUUCUCUCUUCGCUGAGUUCUCCGAACAGGUGGGGAAUACAGAGACAGAGAGACUUCAAAAAAAAUAUAAAUUCAAUUUUCUGGUAUUCUGAUUCCACGUUGAUUUCUCCGAUUCUUUCUUAGUAGAAAUCGCCAUUGCAAGAUUGUUGGUUUCGGCCUGAGAUUUUGGUUUUCGUUGUUUAUUCCGGGUCCAUUUUCGCUGAAGAGAUUUGGGGAUUUUGUUCUGACCGUUCCCGAUCUGAACUUUGUUUACUUGAAGACCAAGAAUUGUAGAUUCACGUGUUCGGAGGGUUUUUUCCCCCUUUCGAGAGACGCCAUUGAUUCUGCAAAGAAAGGGAAAAAAAAGUUUGGAGGGGGUUUCGCUCCUCUCUCUCUCUCAAAACUGUACGCGUGGCUACUGUGGUUGGACUCGUGUAAAGCUGGAGUCAGAGAUUUCUGAAACAGAGUCCAACAGGCCUCUGUCUCCAAUGGGCGUCUUUUAUUUCUGAUACAAAUCGUCGAGAAUCGCAGUUUGUGCAGAUCUGAAGUCUUUUUGCCACCACCUCUUUCCACGCAAGAAAACAGUUUGACUUCAAUUUGAAGAUGAUGGGAUUGAAGGACAAACCAACGGACCCGUCUCCAAUAAACGGCAGUGCCGCGGGUACUGGCAGCGGAGGCAGCGAGUCCGGGUCUGAAUGGGAGAUUAGACGAGGAGGAAUGUUGGUACAGAAGCGAAACCCGGAUUUGGAUAGGAGCUCCGCCCCAGCACCGACAAUUAGAGUUAGGGUCAAGUACGGGUCAAUCUACCACGAAGUCAGUAUCAGUUCUCAAGCUACAUUUGGGGAAUUGAAGAAAAGUUUGACAGGACCAACAGGUUUGCACCAUGAAGAUCAGAAACUGAUAUACAAAGACAAGGAAAGAGAUUCAAAGGCCUUUCUUGACUUUUCGGGUGUUAAGGACCGAUCAAAGAUUGUGCUUGUUGAGGACCCAAUCAGCCAGGAAAGGCGGUUCCUUGAGAUGAGGAAGAACGCAAAAAUGGAGAAAGCUUCCAAGUCCAUAUCCGAGAUUAGUUUGGAGGUUGAUAGGCUUGCUGGCCAGGUGUCAGCUCUUGAAUCAAUUAUAACUAAAGGAGGGAAAGUAGCAGAGAAGGAUCUGCUUACUCCGAUUGAGCUAUUGAUGAAUCAGUUGCUUAAAUUGGACGGAAUUAUGGCUGAUGGAGAUGCGAAAUUGCAGAGGAAAAUGCAGGUGAGAAGGGUGCAGAAGUAUGUUGAAACUCUGGACUUGUUGAAGAUCAAAAACUCCACACCCAACAGCAAUGGAGGUCAAAUUCAAACGCAGAAUCAAAGAAAGUAUUCGAGUGGGGAAAGGCUUGCGCCAAUCCAAGAACAUCCAUUAAUGCAUUCAAAUGGACAAACACCAACACCAGUUCAAGACCAACACCAACAGCAAGACCAGCUCCAGCAACAGCCAUCCGGGCAUUCAACAUCUGGACCAGUUGUUGUAACCACCAAAUGGGAGACAUUCGAUUCUACGCCCGCAUUGGUACCGGCAUCUGUAUCCACUUCAGCCAACAAUAAUUCAGUCCAGCCAAAGUUCAACUGGGAAUUCUUUGAUUAAUCUGUACGUCAACUAUUUGUUCUUUUGUGUGUCUGUGUGUGUUCUGGGUUUGUCUCCAGUUGGUUUGAUCUCUCCUCCAUUCUUUCCUGUAUUUAGAUUUAUUACCCACCAGAAAUAAAUGGGUUCACUGGAAUACCAAUUAUUAUG